AUGGCUCUGCGUAAAGUUCGGAGCAAUAUUGAUCGUUUAUUUGAUAAAAAUUUAACAGAUUUAAUUCGCGGUAUACGAAAUAAUAAAGAUAAUGAGGCAAGAUAUAUUGCAGCUUGUAUUGAAGAAAUAAAAGGUGAAUUGAGGCAAGAUUCAGUUUUUAUUAAAACAAAUGCCAUCGAAAAAUUGGCUUAUUUACAAAUGAUGGGUUAUGAAAUGUCUUGGGCUUCGUUUAAUAUAAUUGAAGUAAUGGCUUCAACUAAAUUUACGGAAAAGCGCAUUGGUUAUAUGGCGGCAUCGCAAUGUUUUUACGAUGAAACUGAUGUGUUGAUGUUAACAACAAAUCUAAUACGAAAAGAUCUUCAUAGUGCUAAUAUGUAUGAAACUGGAGUAGCAUUGGGCUCUUUCUCUUGUUUUGUUACGUCGGAUCUUGCAAGAGAUCUCACUAAUGACGUUGUUAAUCUUCUUUCUUCAAGUCGUCCUUAUAUAAGGAAGCGGUGUGUAUUAGUAUUAUAUAAGAUUUUUUUAAAAUAUCCCGAAUCCUUACGGCCAACAUUUCCUCGACUGAAAGAGAAGUUGGAAGACGCAGAUCCAGGAGUACAAAGUGCUGCUGUGAACGUAAUUUGUGAGUUGGCUCGAAAAAAUCCUAAAAAUUAUUUAACCUUGGCUCCAAUUUUCUUUAGGCUAAUGAUAACUUCAUCAAAUAACUGGAUGCUUAUAAAAAUAAUUAAAUUAUUUGGUGCAUUGGUGCCAUUAGAACCACGUUUAGGGAAGAAACUUCUUGAACCAUUAACAAAUCUUAUUAAUAGCACUUCUGCCAUGUCACUUCUUUAUGAGUGCAUCAAUACUCUUAUUGCAGUUCUGAUUUGUGUGUCUUCUGGUGCUCCUGGUGAUCACACUGCUAGCAUUCAGUUAUGUGUGCAAAAGUUGGGUGUGCUAAUUGAAGAUUCCGAUCAAAAUUUAAAAUAUCUCGGUUUACUGGCUAUGGGAAAAAUUUUACAAACCCAUCCGAAAGCAGUUCAAGCUCAUAAAGACAUCGUUUUACGAUGUUUAGAUGAUAAAGAUGAAAGUAUCAGAUUGCGUGCUCUUGAUCUUUUAUACGGGAUGGUUUCGAAACGAAAUAUUAUGGAAAUUGUACGAAAAUUAAUGGAACAUGUAGAUGCUGCGGAAGGAUCGUUCUAUCGUGAUGAACUGCUUUCAAGGAUCAUUUCUAUUUGUUCCUAUAAUAAUUACCAAUAUAUUACUAAUUUUGAGUGGUAUAUUUCUGUUUUGGUUGAACUAACUAAAGUUGAAGGAACGAAACACGGUUCAUUAAUCGCUGGGCAGAUGCAAGAUGUUACUGUGAGAGUACAAUCGAUUCGACAUUUUUCAGUUUCCCAAAUGGCUUUACUUGUAGAAAAUGCUAAUUUACUUCUAAUAGGAAGUGCACAGCAUCGCAGUAACAUAUGUGAAGUCUUAUUAGCCGCUGCUUGGAUCUGUGGUGAAUAUUCCGAGCAUUUGAGAAACGUACAAGGAGUUCUUGAAGCAAUGCUGAAGGUGAAAACUUUGGUGACACCAGGUCAUAUACUCAGUGUGUAUGUUCAUAAUAUAGCAAAACUAUAUGCCCUUUUGCUGUCAAGAGCAGAGGCUGAAGAAGAUUGGGAUGCUGUAGAUUCAUUAGACAAUCUUAUGCUAUCAAAACUACCAGAAUUUCAAUUAGCCGAUCAUUUAGAAGCCCAAGAAAGAGCUUGUACUUUGGUCGCAGCGAUUCGAGUAUUAGAAAGUUUUCAUGCAAAACGAGAGAAAGUUGGGGAAUAUUUUGCUAAGCUUUUCGAAGGAGAGCUUAAUCCAGUUGCUGUAAAAGCCCAGAGGAAAGUGCCAGUACCUGAUGGAUUAAAUUUGGAUGUAUGGUUACAUGAACCUGAACUUAAUGACAGCGAAGCAGAAGAUGAUUCUUACGGUCAAACAGUUGACGAUAAAAUAAACGAUAAAUACAGAGUUGAAGACAGUCAAAAUAGGUUUCAUUUUACGGAUAAAGUCCUAGAUAAGAAAUAUGGAAAAAUGGGAAGCGAAGCAAAUGAACUGACUGAAAAAGAAAUCCAAGAGCGACGCGCUCGACGCUUGGCUGAAAUUGAAAACAAUCCAUAUUAUAUGAAAGGUGAUCUCAAACCGUCAACAACAAUGCGUGCGACAAAAUUCAAUGUCCGUGAGUCAUCCGAAAAGUUGGAGCCAGUAUCAACUGAGGUUCAAAGUCCUCUUGAGAUUCCUGGUGUGCUUGGUCUCAAUCGAUAUAUAGAACAACAACAAUCGACACUUUCAUGGAAAGCCGCUAAAAAAGAAAAAAAAAAGCGGAAAGAAAAAAAAAUGAAAGAUUUUAAAACAAUAAGUAGUUCAAGUGAAGAAAAUAUUACAACUGUCCAUCAAGUGAAUAGAGCGGACGGCGAAAUGCCUGAAAAUGCAAAAUCUACUGAUGAUGAUGAAGAAAUUGAAAAUUUGCGCGAUGCGGAUGAUGAUGCUUAUAAAGCACUCGAUAUGGAUUUGGAGGAAAAUUUGAAGGAAAGUCCACCAACUGUUCAAACUCGGCCAAAUAUGCUUAAUAUGCGGCAAUCUUCCAAUUUUUCUAAAAAUGAUCCAGCAGCUUGUUCAAGCUGUAAUGGAACUGCCUUUGAUGAACAAAGAAUUUCUAAAAUUAUUAAGAAAAGAAAAGAGAAACACAAUAAAGAUGAUGGAAAAUAUCGUAAGAAAACGAAAGGAAAGAGAGAAGCAUCGCAAAAAAGUACAAAAAACCAAUUUUCACCGGUUAGAAGUUCACAAUCAUGGGUAGAUUCUUCUAAAAUUGCUUCGAGUAUAGAAAAGGAUCAUUCUUCUGAUCAUCGGCGUAUCUCGAAAUCCAGAAGAUUAGAAACAAGGAUGAAAGAAUCGAAAAAUAUUCAAGAAUUAACAGAAAUUGUAGAACCAAUUGAUAAAGAAAUUUAUGAAAUCACUUCAGGAGUAUGUACUCCAAGUAAUCCAAAUUUCGGUUCUUUUUCAAAUGGUGCCAUAUCUUCUGGCGAUGUAACUCCUCAACGAAGUGUUGACAAUAGUUGGUCGAAGUUAAGGCUAAAUUUAUCUUCAUAUAAAUUACUUGGAGAAAGCAAAGACUUGAAAAUGAUGUAUGAAACGCAAGUUUCGACCGAAGAUGCCAAUCAGGUGGCUGUUUGUGUGGUAUUUACAAAUGUAAAUGGAAAUACGAUUCGUCAACUCGAAAUAAACAUUUUAGAUACUUUGAACACACGUUUAAUUACUGAAGAACGACAAUCUCCUACUGCUAGUAUGCUUUUGCCAUUCCAAUUGCCUCCGGAAAUUUCCACCGAGCACAUUUUUCGUUUUUCUGUCGGCGCCAUUAAUGUCGCACAAAGAUUGCGGGGAACAAUCACUUUUUUUGUUGAGGGUAAUGGCCAAGUUUAUGAAGAUAAAAUUGAUUUCUACAUCAGAUUGCCGACAAUAACGUUUAUAUUGCCUGCAACAAUUGGCAGUGAUGCCUUUGAACUUUUGCUGGCUUCCGGUGAUGUUGAUUUUAAAUCGUCUGCGCAAUUUUCUUCCUCGAAUAUGUGGAGCGAUAUCAUUAGGAAAAUAACUUUCUUCGGCCAUUUUACAGUAGUUGAUGAUCAUAAUAAUUAUGCAUCGCUCUACGCUCAUACAAUCAAAGCAGAUCCUAUUUGCAUUCUUGUCAAACGACAGAAGGAUAAAAUCCAAAUCGAUGGCCGAUGUGGUGAUCAGCAACUGAUUUAUUCGGUUGUGGAUGAACUUCGUGAAAUCGCUUCCUUAUGA